UUGAUUCAUGAUGAUGACGCGGCAAUAGUGCGUGAGCGUUGAGUUGGGUACGGCACUCCAUUGCGCUUAGCUGCACACACUUGCUGCACUUGCCCUUUUGCCAAAGCCAACCAAUUUACCUUUCACGGAGCCACCUGACACGCGCGUUCUCUCUCUCUCUCUCUCUCUCUCCCCUGUUGUUCUUGAAAUAACGAAGCGGUGGAAGAUAUAUAGAGCCAUAGACCCAGUUCGUCCCACCCCAUAUGUAGACGUACACACGGACAAUUCCCACUGUUUCCCACGUUCCAAGGCCGUCUAGCUUGAAAGCUUGGCCAUUUGUUAUCCGGGUAUUCUUCGCAGUAAUCGAGGAAUGCAGGGAUCGGGGUGAUCGGCGUGCCAUUUAGUACUACUUCUUUGAAUGGCAUUGAAGUUUCUUGGUUUUGUGAUGGGAAUGGAUUCUUUGGUAAAGUUCUGAACGCCAUAUUGAAGCAAUUCAAGACAUUUGACAGAAUUUGAUGAUGAAUACUAAAGUCAGGACUACGUUUCAGUCAAUGAAAGCUCCUAUGAAGCAUGAAAAAGAGAAGCCGGAUAUGCAGGGGAGCAAGGUAAAUGAUGCUGCAAAAACGACCACGAGUCAACGAGCGUCCGGAAAAGAAAGAAAAAUUGCUUUGCAGCAAGAUGUUGAAAAGCUCAAGAAGAAGCUUAGGCUCGAAGAGAAUGUUCACAGAGCUUUGGAGAGGGCUUUCACCAGACCUUUGGGAGCUCUACCUCGUCUUCCCCCCUAUCUCCCUCGUCAUACACUGGAGCUUCUUGCCGAGGUGGCUGUUUUGGAAGAGGAAGUGGUUCGGCUUGAAGAACAAGUUGUGCAUUUUAGACAGGACCUGUAUCAGGAAGCUGUCUACAUUUCAUCCUCGAAAAGAAGCAUAGAGAAUUCAGCUGAUUCACAUGCCCUAUACCCGGUUAAGAAUCACAAACCAGAGAGAUGCAAGUUUUCUGCUCAAAAUGAGGGCGACUCUACAGUUUCCACAAUGGGGCAUAGAGCAACUCUUUCUUAUGAUGAGCGAGGAAAAGAGGACCAAUCAUGUACUAAUUUGAAAAAGAACCAAAAACGAUCCCCAAUCCACAAACCCCAUACAAUUAAAACUCCAGUUAAGAGACCUCUCAUAAGCCAUAGAUCAGCAGAGAAGCGUUUAGAUCCUCAGAACUUACAGGUAGUGUGCAAAGUAAAAGAUCAAGCAAGGCCAGAAGCAACAACUCCUGAUGAAAGACUAUCAGGAGAUGACGAUCCAAACAGAAUUUCUGAAAGUAUUUUGAAGUGCUUAUCAAGCAUUCUCCUCAGAAUGAGUUCGAUGAAGAAUCGAAAUAGUGCAGAAAUUUUACCCUCCUUCUCAACAUUAGUAACUCCGAAAAGCGGUGAAGAAACAAAUUAUUGGGACCCUUAUGGUAUUUGUUCAGAAUUUGGAAGGAGAGAUAUUGGUCCAUAUAAGAAAUUAUGUCAAGUUGAAGCUGGCUCAAUCAAUCCAAACCGACCAGCAACUUCUUUGUUUCUAGUUCGUAAAUUAAAACUCCUCCUUGGGAAACUUGCCUCUGUGGACUUACAGAGCCUCACCCAUCAGGAGAAGCUUGCGUUCUGGAUUAACAUUUACAAUUCCUGCAUGAUGAAUGCAUUCCUAGAACAAGGCAUACCGGAGAGUCCUGAGAUGGUUGUUGCUUUGAUGCAGAAGGCAACAAUAAAUGUGGGGGGGCACUUGCUAAAUGCAAUAACUAUAGAACAUUUCAUUCUGAGAUUGCCUUACCACUCAAAAUAUACAUUUGCAAAGGGUGCAAAAAAUGAUGAGAAGACAGCGAGAAGCAUAUUUGGCUUAGAGUUUUCUGAACCGUUGGUGACAUUUGCACUAUCUUGUGGAAGCUGGUCCUCCCCUGCUGUGAGAGUGUACACAGCAUCUCAGGUUGAGAACGAACUGGAAGUGGCUAAAAGAGAGUACUUGCAGGCAGCAGUUGGAAUUUCAACUACCAAGUUUGCUAUCCCAAAACUGCUGGAUUGGUAUUUACCUGACUUUGCAAAGGACUUGGACUCAUUGCUUGAUUGGAUCUGCCUUCAGUUACCAAGUGAACUGGCAAAAGAAGCAAUUAAGUGCCUUGAGAGAGGCAAAAAGGAACCUCUUUCACAGUUUCUCCUAGUUAUGCCAUAUGAGUUUAGUUUUAGGUACCUUUUAUACUCUUAAAACUUUUUCUUCAAUUAGUUUUUGUCACUUGGGUUACAAUUUUUUUGUACACAGUUAUAGAAUGCAUAAGAAAGCUAGAUGUAUAUGGCCACCUUGUAAGUAGUUAUGAGAUAAUGUUCUCUUCCACUGAGGGGGUUUCUGUGUUCUGCUUGUAAUUUUGGUUUGUGAAGAGUUAGUUCAAACUUUUUGACA